UUUUGGGGUCCUGGCCGCCCUUCCACGUCUCCCGGAAGAAGCGCGGCGCCGCAGGAGCGGAGGCCGGUCGGUGCUGGCUUCCCUCGGGCCGGACCCUCUCCCGGGCGGCCGCGGGGCAGCCCCUGCAGGGUGGCCAGGUGAGGCGCCGGGCUGCGGGACCCCCGGCGUCGUGCUCUCGAGCCCCGCCCGCCCCCUCGGCCCGGUGCUGUGGGGUCGCUGCCCCGCCGGGAGAGGCGGUUGGGCAGCGAGCUGGGGGUUGGGGGGUGUGCUCGCCCUCCGAGGCCCGUCCCCGUGACUGACGACCCCCGGCCCGACCCCCGGCCCGACCCGCGGCCCCCGGACCCGGCCCGUCGGGGGCUUGUGCGAGCUGGACGUUGGCGUUUGAGCGCUGCAGGCGACGCGGCCGGCCGGGAGCAGCGAAUGCGCUGGCCCCCCUGGUGCGCCCCUGGCACAGCGGCCCGGAACGGGGGGAGCCCUGGCGUCUGUUUUCGGGGUUUCCUCCUUGGCUCCGAUCCGCUCUGGCACCUGCCGCCGCUCGGCGCGCUGCCCAGCCUCGCCCUCUCCGCGGUGAUUGACGUCGCGACCCCCGGGGCCUGCAAGGAGCUGGAAGGGCGAGGUGCUUCUCUCUCGACGUUGUUGGGAGACUGAGAAGCGGGGAGACGAGGGCUGCUUACAGGGUCACAAGUAGGAUUCUUCUAGGACCAUCAUGUCUUGGUUUGCUGACCUUGCAGGAAAGGCAGAAGAUCUCUUGAACCGGGUGGACCAAGGGGCCGCAACAGCUCUUAGCAGGAAAGAGAACAGCAGCAGCACGAAAUACAACAGAAACACGGACUAUCCCGAGCAUCACCAGCAGAGCACAAGUGAGACCUACCAGACUGGAACCAAAGCUUCCUACAUUUCCGCGGCGGCAGAUAAUGUUAGAAAUCAAAAAGCCACUCUCUUGGCCGGCACCGCCAACGUGAAAGCGCCUCGGACCUCCGCGGAGGCCUCCCCGACCGCCGAAAAUGCGACUGUCCCUCGGCCUUCCUCCCAGUUUGUCCGAAGGAAAAAGUCAGAGCCAGAUGAUGAGCUGCUGUUUGAUUUUCUUAAUAGUUCCCAGAAGGAGCCUGCUGGGAGGGUAGAGAUCAAGAAAGAGAAGGGCAAAGCACUUGCCCCGCUGAAUUCCCAGGCAAGCGUCAAUUCUGUGAACGCCAGUGGCACCGCUAUCAAAACCACCGAAGAAAAUUCUUCUCGGAGCGAUAGCCGUGAAGCUUCUAAUACAGAUUCUGACCAUGAAAGCCAAGAGGAUUCCGCAAAGCAAAAUGAGUCAUCCACUACAGCCUGCACAGACCCCAGCCCAGUACCAAAUGACGAUGGCAAAUCACACGAACUGUCGAACCUGCGGCUGGAGAAUCAGCUACUGCGGAACGAAGUUCAGUCUUUGAAUCAAGAAAUGGCCUCCUUACUUCAAAGAUCCAAGGAAACUCAAGAAGAAUUAAACAGAGCAAGAGCGAGAGUGGAGAAGUGGAAUGAUGACCAUUCCAAGAGUGACCGCGUGACCCGGGAGCUGCGCGCGCAGGUGGAUGACCUGACGGAAGCGGUGGCCGCCAAGGACUCCCAGCUGGCCGUGCUGAAGGUGCGGCUGCAGGAGGCCGACCAGCUGCUGAAGACUCGCACCGAGGCCCUGGAAGCCCUGCAGAGCGAAAAGUCACGGAUAAUUCAGGAUCACAGCGAAGGGAGUAGCCUGCAGAAUCAAGCCCUGCAGACUCUUCAGGAGAGACUCCACGAAGCAGAUGCCACGCUGAAGAGAGAGCAGGAGAGCUAUAAACAGAUGCAGAGUGAGUAUGCUGCACGCCUUAAUAAAAUGGAAGUGGAACGUCAGAAUUUGGCAGAAUCCGUUACUCUGGCAGAAAGAAAAUACUCCGACGAGAAGAAGAAGAUUGAGGAACUGCAGCAGCAAAUCAAAACAUACAAGUCCAGCUUGGACUCCUCUAAGCAGGAACUACUGGACUACAAGCAGAAAGCCACAAGGAUACUGCAGUCUAAGGAAAAAUUGAUCAACAGCCUGAAGGAAGGGUCUGGCUUUGAAGGCGUGGACGGCAGUGCGGCCAGCAGCAUGGAGCUCGAGGAACUUCGGCAUGAGAAGGAGAUGCAGAAGGAGGAGAUCCAGAAGCUGAUGGGUCAGAUCCACCAGCUGAGAUCGGAAUUACAGGAUAUGGAGGCCCAGCAGGUGAAUGAAGCGGAGUCGGCCAGAGAACAGUUCCAGGAGCUGCAAGAACAGAUCGCUGGGCAGAAAGCGUCUAGGCAAGAGCUGGAGGCAGAGUUGGAGCGGCAGAAGCAGGAAUUCCGCUACGUAGAAGAAGACCUGUAUCGAACAAAGAACACGUUACAAAGCAGAAUUAAAGAUCGAGAAGAGGAAAUUCAGAAGCUCAGGAAUCAGCUCACCAAUAAGUCCCUGAGCAGCAGCAGCCAGGCCGAGCUGGAGAACCGCCUGCACCAGCUGACGGAGACGCUCAUCCAGAAGCAGACGGUGCUCGAGAGCCUCAGCACCGAGAAGAACUCGCUGGUCUACCAGCUGGAGCGCCUGGAGCAGCAGAUGAAGGCCGCACCGGGGGGCGGCGGCAACGGCUCUUCCAUCAGCAUGCCGGGGAUGGACGGCGGAGAAGGCGCUCGCCUGCGGAACAUGCCCGUGCUUUUUAACGACACGGAGAGUAACCUGGCAGGAAUGUACGGGAAGGUCCGCAGGGCGGCCAGCUCCAUUGACCAGUUCAGCAUUCGUCUGGGGAUUUUUCUCCGAAGAUACCCCAUUGCGAGGGUCUUUAUAAUCAUCUAUAUGGCCUUACUCCACCUCUGGGUCAUGAUCGUCCUGCUGACUUACACACCGGAAAUGCACCACGAGCAGCCCGACGGCCAGUGAUGCACAUCGUCGUCUCCGCGAUGGGUUGUCCGGGUUCCAGACGUGGCGUCUGCGGGAGGGCCGGGGAGGGGCCUGGGGCCUCUCUGCUGCCAGCUCUUCCCUUCUUAAGUUAUUGUACAAGCACUUUGCUACCUACAUGAAUUUAAUUCCCUCCCAUUGGUCAGAGUUUCUGAAGCUGAUCGGCCCCCGCAGACUGUGCCCUGCCUGGGGCAGCCGUCACAGGGACGUCUGUCCUCGCCGCGGUCGCUGGGGUCGGUCCCCUGUACAGUGUUCCGGGCGGCACCGUUCUGGGUUAGAAUCAGGGAAACUAAUUGUAGUGACAUAAAUAAAAUGUUUUCCUUUUGAUAAUUCAGCCUGCUUUUCUGUUUUUAGUGUAUUUAACUUGGCAGAUUCAGAUCCAUUUUUCACGUGUUAAACUCUUGAUUUUAUGUCUUUUUUAUAAAUAUGUAAAUAAAAAUAGUGUUUUUUAACAGA